GAGCUUUUUGAUGUAGUUUGUGCGGACCUAGUCUCCCGUUUCUGGCGUUACGAAGGUUUUAGGCGCGUAGAACUAACACGUGGAGAAAUGACGGAGCAGCGGACACUACCUAAAGAAUUCACUCUGUUGGUGUUCCAAGUAAUAUGGCUCCUCAUCAUGCUGAUACCAGCGUGUCUUUGGGCUUUGUUGAUGACAAUCUUACCUUCGAGGAGGAAGUCACUGAAAGAUGAAGUUGUUUUGAUCACGGGGGCCGGGAACGGGUUGGGCAAGGAGCUGGCGAUGCAGAUGGCAAAGAAGGGAUGCAAACUGGCUCUGGUCGACAUAAAGGUGGAGGCCGUCACCAAAGUGGCCAACGAGAUCAAUUCAAGGCACGGGUGCGUGGCGAAGGCCUACAUCGCCGAUCUAGGGAUCCCUGAGGACAUCUCGACCUUGGCGCAAAUCAUCUCGGCCGACUUCCAGCGAGUCGACAUCCUCAUCAACAACGCUGCCCUCUGUUUUGGCGGCGUCACUACCCAUGAGCACAAGGACCACGAGAUUGAAGCUAUGUUCAGGGUCAACGUUAUGAGUCAUUUCUGGAUGAUCCGAGAAUUCCUACCGGGUAUGCUGAGUCGAAAUCAUGGGCAUGUCGUUGCAAUAUCUUCCGUUUUAAGUCUCAUAGGAGGUCACGACGCGUCUCUCUACACUUCAACAAAAUGGGCAGUCACAGGUAUGAUGCACUCUUUGCGAGAUGAACUCGAGAGAAUCCCCAAUAAUGCAGUUCAGAUCUCUAACGUGUGCCCAUACUUCAUUAGCUCUGGAACGUACGUGUGCAAAUUAUGGAGUAAUAGAUUGCCAGACGUAUCAUUGGAGUAUGCUGCGAAAUGUGCAAUUAACGGUAUCGAAGAAAAUAAGUUUGAAUUCACAAUCCCAUCGUAUCAUUACCCUUUUUACCUGGUGCUAAAGAUUGUGCCUCGAAGCAUCGUUAAAUAUUUCCGCAAAAUAUUUUAUGCAAACGCGACACCUCUAACCGAAGGAGAGAGAGGCAUAGUGAUCCCUCUAAAAUCAAGAGUUAAACUGGUAGAUGGAUGUCAUCAUGAUGACCGCUAGCAAUGUCAUCGUGAUAAUUAGUAAUGUUUUCCUAUGUCUUUGAAGUGGCUUAAAAGAUGAGUUAAGCUGGUAAGUAGAUGAAAUCAGGUCGGAAAAACAUGAGGAAGAAAAAUAUUUUUAGGUUUUUACUCGGGUCUUAAUCUAUAGGUUUCCAUUUUCUUCCUCCCUGACACUGUAUAUUCUUCUAUUACAGGAGUAACUUUUUCUUCCACGCAGUAAGGUUAUAAGCUUGGCACCUCGUGUGCCAAUUUUUCAACCCUCCCUUUCUGCUAGAGAGAUAAGAAUGACUAGAUUUAAUUGAUUUGUUAUCGCUGUUCUUUACUCAUUUUGUGUAAUUGUGUUCACCAAGUUCCUUUAUUAAGUGUAAGUUCCUUGCAAUAAAAGAAUUAAGUAUUA